UGAACACACCAGCAGUGUGAGGAGACCUGAAAGUGGCACAUGGCAGAGUGUGGCGAUGGAGACAGCAGCAAUGGGAGGCCGUACAGGGACCCAUGAGAGACUCUGGACUUGGCAGCAGCAUGAUGAGGAGGGAGGCGGUAUAGGGGCCCAUGGCAGAUUAGGGGCCUGGCAGCAGCUAUGGGAGGCCCGGCGGUAUAUAGGGGCCCAUGGCAGAUUAGGGGCCUGGCAGCAGCUAUGGGAGGCCCGUAAUCUGCCAGCACCCUAUGUCAAAAAAUUCAACACCACCAGCAGUGUGAGGAGACCUGAAAGUGGCACAUGGCAGAGUGUCAGCAAUGGGAGGCCGUACAGGGACCCAUGACAGACUCUGG